AUGUCAGCGGUGGUAGCGCUUCGCCUGAGACAGAUCAACAUUGCAUCCUUCGGCCUGGCACCUAGGCGAGUUGGAAUAGUAAAGACUCUAGUGGUAGAGUCAGAUAUGCAAAGUUUAACAGUGGAAUUUUCACAAACAUGUAGAGCACAGGUUGGUAGGCGAAACAAAUUGUGCCGUGAGAAUGCUCGUCUGAUAAUUAUUGUGAAAAUAUGUGUUCUGCAAAUUGUGGUGCUUAAGUGUGGAAUAGCGGUGCGAAGUGUGGCUUUCGCGGCCACAAAUCGCGGUGAAGUGCAUUCUGGUGCGAAGAGAGAUGACGGAAAUUGGGAGUUACAGAAACAGGUGGGUUACAGUGUUGCUGUGCGUUCUGAGCGGGAUGCGGAUGUGAGCGGAGUUUUGAUGAAGGGGGUGCUGGAAUGGUUGGGUUUAAUGGGUUUGAGAUGGUGA